AUGCCGAACCAACCCUCUGAACCGUCCCAAACCAAGGUUGCAAAAGCCAAAAGAACUUGGUGCCAUGCCAAGAAACAAGACCCUACUGAAGCUGAGCAACUGAGGUUACAGCAGAACGAGCACAAACAAAUAUCGCGUGCAAGGCAGAAGCUUGCACAACAGGGGCUCCAACAGCCCUCUGCCAAGCGCUGCCGGGCUGUAACACCUGAUGCAGACACUUCACACUCUGCACCAGGGUCUUUGUCUGGAAAUACCGCUGGCAGUCCAUCCGACCUUAUCCCCGAUCACGCAGCCACCCUGGUUAAUCCUUCGGUGCCAUCCCGUCUUUUCAGUCACAUCUCUGUGGCCACUGAACCUUCCCCCAUAACCCGUGAUGUGGAGGUCAUGACAGAGCUUCCCUAUGCUGACCCACCCCACUCUGAAAACGACCCCACAGUCCCCUCAACCUCUUUGAUCCCACUGGUUGAUGCCAAGGACCUUGCAACCAAUAUCAUUGGAGUAAAAGUGUCUGCACAUUUGGAGACUGUGAAAUGGUCCAGUGGAUUCACCACUGUACUGCCAUGCAUAUGGAAGGAUGGGACGCUUCGUGAGGGCAAAUGCAUCAUCCUUCGAGCAUUGGAAAAACCUCAGGCAGCACGUCUGGAUUUAGACUACCUGGAAGAUUGA